AUGGCGCCCGAACAGGGACGGUGGGCAUCGUAUGCCUUGCCUGGUUACCCCCACUCCUUGCAGGGCGCUAAGCAAGAGUUUACCAACAUCGUCGCCAGGUGGAAAGGAAGCACGCACGAUUCCCGAGUUUUCAAAACCUCAUCCCUAUACGCCCGUUUCGAGCAGAACGAGUUCAACGGUGUGCUGAUAGGAGAUAGCGGGUACGAAUGUAACAGACGGCACAGAUCCCCUACACUAUCCAGACGGCACAGGACUUUACCACGAGACUCAACAAACUCCCCAACACCACCACCAUCACAUACACCAACACCACCACCUAGACCAACACCUCCACCACAAGAACCGUCUACACUAGAACAACCACCACCUCCACCUCACCAUCUAUUACGUCCAACACCACAACAAUCCUCUACACUUCCACAACAAUUAAUUAUACCACAAGCACCACAACUACAGCUACCCCAACCACAACUCCCGAGACUGCUCCAAAACACAACAUAUCCUCCACGACAGUACUUUACACAUCCUACCACCCUCCAGUAUCAACGUUUCAUCCAUCAGCCUCCUCCCCCACUCAACCCCAUUCGAAAUCAUGUCCCAGUUUGUCGUGUCCCCCAUCCACAACCAUCAAGGCCUUCUUUCAUCCACGCCCCACAUCAAAUCGCUUUAAAUCCUUAUCUCCUUCCUUCCCAUCCCCCACAACAUCAAUACACCCCUCGAACCUCAAAUCCCCGCCAGGAACCUCCCUCUCAACUACGUGAGGAGCCUGCCCCACCAGGCGAUGAUCUUCGCUGGACCAAGGGGCCCCUGAGAAUUCUACACUCCACACUCCAGGCCGCCGACCACGCGGCGGAGAAGAAAGGAUCGGUCACUCCUAGGCCUAAUGAAGCUGAGCAACAACCAUCACAGGAAAGAAGGCCUAAGAAAGAUUCAGCUUCUAAACGAAAGAUUGAGGAUGUUUUUGAUAAUGAUGAAGAUUGGACUGAUGUUGGUGAGGCUGUGCAACUAAAUGUGGACGAAGAAGGCAACACAUCUACGGAUCUCAGUGUCGGUAUUGAUGGAACGUGGCAGAAGCGGGGCUAUUCUUCACUCAACGGUGUAGUUACGGUGUCCUGUAUUGAUACAGGCAAAAUUUUGGAUGCUGAAGUUUUCUCAAAAUAUUGUCAUUCCUGUGCAUGUAAAAAAUAUCAAGUAAUAAAGCAUCUUGGACUGCAACCAGGCAAGAAUUGUUUGAAAAUCCUGACAUCUGUUGACAAAGACCGAGAGCGGAAAGCUGAAAUCGCGUGCCUUGAAGAGGUAAAGCAGAAAAGAAAACGGGCAAGAUUUUUAAAAAAGAAGAAAAGGGAUGAAGAAAAGAGAAAUGAACCAGAAUAUGAAGCAGGAAUGUUUUAA